CAGAGGCGGUCAAAUCAAGGCAUUUUUAGAUUUGAAUUGAGUUCAACCACACCAUGUCUGAUAACGUUCAUCCUUCAAGUAACGAAGAUGAUGCCAUCGUUAUGAUGCAUGAUAUAGGACCAAUCUUCAAUGAUAUCAUGUUAUCUCGGAGAUUUACAAGUUGGGACAAUUUUGAGACCUGUUUGAAAGAAGUACAUAAGUAUACGCAUACUAGGUACGUUAUGUCAGUAUGCAAAAAGAACAAUGAUGACCCAAAUCUAAAGUAUCUUUUCGUGAGAUAUGUUUGUACAUAUGGACGUAAACGCAGUUCGUCAGAGUCAGAUGCUUGCGUUCAGGAUGUAGGUGAUGAUAGUGAUCAUCAUUCUUCCGAAGAGCACACAACUUCUAACUCACCCCCACAACCUAGACAAAGAAGACGACGUCGGUCAUCUACGUCGAAAUAUUGUCAUUGUCAAUCUGGAUUUUGGGUCCGUGCAGUAAAUGGUGAGCUGAAAGUCACCUCUAUCAAGACCGUGCACAACCAUCCUUGCACAGAAGGAUAUAUUUCUGUAGAUCCUUCAAGAAGAAAGUUGACGUCAAGUGAACGUCUAUAUUUAAGAACUUUUCUAAUGAGUAAUACGCCGACUCGUAGUUUACGGCAUCUGGUUUCUUGGAAGUUCCAUAAACAGCUUACCAAGGAUGAUAUCUGUAAAAUGCGUUCACAGUUGUACCCAGACACCAAAAAUAUCAAUAACAUUUUACAGCGCGUUCAAGCAAACACUGAAGUUAAAGUACUCAGUGAACAUGGAAACAUAUCUAUGAUUUGCUUCAGUCGCAGGGAGCAGGUAUCUAUUUACCACGCGUUCCCAGAGGUGGUAUGUAUUGACUCGACUUAUCAGACCAACAAAGUUGGUUUUCCACUGUUCCAGCUAGUGGUGACUGAUAGUCUUGGGCAAGGGCACACUGUUAUGUAUGCUCUUUGCAGGCAAGAACGACGAGAAGAUGUCGUAAAAUUAUUGGAAUGCUUCAAAGAUAUAAUGUGCUGUACUUAUGAUACACGCACUUUUGUUAUGGAUUCGGCAGCAACCGAAAUUUCAGCAGUGCAGUCUACGCACAAUCAUGCCGACAUAGUACUUUGUUCAUUCCAUGUCUUAAGAGCAUUUUUCAGGAAGUUCCGAAAUCCUGAUGUACGUAAAUGCUUGGAACACCUUGUAAAGACUAGACGGUCUGAUAUAUUUACUCAAAAGUACGAACAUCUGAGGAUCCAUUUCCCACAUCUAAAAGAAUGUCUUAGAAGAGGUGAUUCUCUGCCAUUGACGUUCUGGAAAAUUUGGAGCAAAACAGAUACUGACCUACGUUUGCGUCCAUAUGACGCUGUGAAGGAUCUUCAACGUUUUCCAAUUCUUGAGGUUCCUAUGUCAUUUCGAACUCUUUUAAAUGAGUUCACAUCUUUUGCAGCUAAAAUUGUAGCUGUAAAUUAUAAACGUGUUAGGUCAAUGAGACACGAAUGUAUAGCAGGGGAAUACAUCCGGUGCUACGACAAGGGUAUGAUGUAUGUUGUUGAUACUUCACGUGCACGAUGUGCUUGUGAGCGUUUCAAUGACUACAUGCUACCCUGUGGUCAUAUUCUGUAUGCACAUUCUAAAGAUCUAAUAAGUGGAGACUUAUUUCGACAUAGCAGCCGGUGGACAAGGAAAUAUAUAAUGGACUUGGUUCUUCGUGCGCUCGACAACAUGUCAAUCUCUACCGGGAGUGAUGAUCUGCUAGAGAAGUUCACUAACAACUACCACUCAAUCCAUGCUCUUAGUGAACCCUUGGCAAGUAAACUCAUCCGUUCAUGCUUCGAAGCAUCUGAAGACAUAUGCGCACAAGUGAUGAGUUCAAUCGGUGCUAAUGAUGAAGCUACAUCGUCAGAAUCCAUUGUUAACACUGACCAUAGCUAUGCUUCUUGAUGACAAGAAGUUCUAAUAUUGUAAUCUUUUUAGUUUUACAUAAAUUCAUUUAUAUGGGCAUUAACUCAUUCUUAUAGCGUUACGGUAGGGAGAGUGUACUGUGAAGUCUUAUGUCGCUGUGAAAAAGGGAUGUU